AUGGCACACCACGAUGGCGCCGUACUGCAAUACCCUCACAAAGCCGACAUCUACACGUACCGCACGCCGACUCCGCCGCGCAUCGUCGUCCCACCGCCCGCCCUCAACGCCGAUGCCGUCCCUGAGAUCGCCAUCUCGGCCAUGCGCAACAGCUCCUACAACUUCCUCCAAAAAGUCAACUACAACAACCUCGUCCAGCAGAAUGCGCCCCUAGAAUGGACAUACGAGCGACGUCGCGAGGCACAGACCAUCCUCCCCUUCCUCUGCCUCGGACCCAUGACGGCGGCGAAAGACGAGGCGUGGUUGCAGCGCGAGGGUGUCACGAUGCUGCUUGGCGUGCGGCAGAAGCACACCUUCGAGAGCAGGCUCAUGAACUCGGCGCUCAAAGUCGCCGAGAAGCUGGGCCUCGAACACCACACAAUCGACCUCGCCUCGAACCAAGAUCUCAUCCAGUCCUUUCCCCACAACACACAAAUCAUCAACGCCCACCUCGCCAGAACCCACCAGGCCACGAAUGGCCAACGACUCGGCAAAGUCCUCGUCUUCUGCGAAUCUGGAAACGAGCGGAGCGCGGGCGUAGUGGCGGCAUAUCUGAUGGAGACGCACGAGGACGUGGAUUACAUCAAGGCGAUGCAGCUGUGCCAGGCGCAGCGAUUCUGCGUGAACUUCGACGACAGCAUGAAGAGACUGUUGCAAGGCUACUGGGACAUCCUCUGCGCUAGGCGCGCGGUCUCUGCAACGGCGCCUUCGGACACUGUCAUGCAGAACGGCAACGGACUGAACGCAUCGUCGAAGAGAGGAUUGAGCAGGGAUGAAGACGACGAUGAUGAUAUGGAUGUGGAUGACGACGAUAUGGAGAGGUUCGGCGGCAGGAGCUUUGCCCCGUUCGUAGACAUGCCGCUCUGA